UGGAAGCAGUUUCGUCAUUUCGGUUACGUUAUCCUUCUCGCACACACUCAUUGUUGGUGGUGCUCCUUAGUAACCCCUGUGUUUCACGGGCCGGAAAUCGACGCUCUGCGUGACCAAGCUGAAGGGGAAAAUGGCGACAUCCAUCUCCUCCCUCGCGUCUUCCUUCUCGUCUCUCUCCUUUUCCUCACAAGUCUGUCGUAAACCCCAUGCCCUGUCCUUCGGUCUUUCCAAUUCCAAACCUCUCCCGUUUUCGCAGGCACCCAGAAAGCCACCGUCGCUGGUGGUGAUUGCUACUGCCGUCGCUGCUCCUCCCCUCGAUUUGGAGACCGCCAACCUCAAGAAAUACGUGAAAUCGAGACUUCCGGGCGGUUUCGCGGCCCAGACGAUCAUCGGCACCGGUCGCCGCAAAUGCGCCAUUGCUCGUGUCGUUCUCCAGGAAGGGACUGGAAAAUUUAUAAUCAAUUACCGUGACGCCAGGGAGUACCUUCAAGGCAAUCCAUUAUGGCUUCAGUACAUUAGAGUUCCGUUGGUGACGUUGGGAUAUGAAAUGACGUAUGAUGUGUUUGUCAAAGCUCAUGGAGGUGGUCUAUCUGGUCAGGCUCAAGCAAUCUCCCUUGGCAUUGCUCGGGCACUGCUAAAGGUGAGUGAGAACCAUAGGGUGCCUCUUAGAAAGGAAGGGCUUCUCACCAGGGACUCCAGAGUAGUUGAAAGGAAAAAAGUUGGUCUCAAGAAAGCUCGUAAAGCUCCACAAUACUCUAAACGUUGAGUUUGAAAAAUGUCUCACAGAACUUCGGUGUUCUUCUCAUGGUGCCUCAGUCUGCUUGUUCCAUUGAACAUUUUCCUCUUGCAAUCUACUUUCCCAAGGUGAUUCUUGCCACCUUUAGCUGCUUAUCCAAGCAAACAUGAGUGUGAGAUAGGCUAUAGCUCCUCCAGCUGAAAAACAGAAAAGGAAUUUUGAUGGGGUGGCUCAAUUACUGAGUUUGUUUCCUGUUGCAUUGGGCCACUUUGCCCUAGAGUCGCAUUGUAAUUUAUACUGUUAAUGUAAUUUCGCUCAAUUGUUUUGUAUUUUCUUUUUACUAUGUCCAAGGGAUGGACAUGGACUUGGUCGUGUUAGUGUUCUUCUUCUUGUGGAGUUCUAUUUUUUUUAUUUUUUAUUGGUGAAAAUAUAUAGCUUGUGGUUGCUUAAAGCUAGGUUCUUGUAACAAAUUCAAAUGCCUUUGAAAUUUAUGCAGUGUUGUUUAAUAAAUAAUGUUUUUUUGGAGGU